GUAGUUGCUAUCAAGUAACGCUGACUCGAAGACAGUCUGCAGUUGGUGGCUGCAAAUAACGUACGACGGGGCUGAAAUAUUAUUGAUUAAUCCAGCGCUUGUGAAGUCAGACUUGUGAAUACGAGUUACGCACAUAUACAAGCGCACGCAUACGCAAGUAAAUGCAGAUGCGGAUAUGGGCACAAUUCCACACAUACGCGCAUUUAUAUUUUUACGCAGAUCAUCAGCCGCGCUUUAUUAACGAUCGGAACUAGCGCGGGCAUUUGCCUUUGUGCGUCAACUCAACCGCUGAUAAGCGUCAAUUACAGUGGUUUUUAUCAGUAGCGUGAAUUCGCAUACAUACAUAUAUAUGUACAUAUACAUGUGUGCAUAUUAAUAAAAUAUAAUCAAACUCAAUAAUACUUAUCAAUCCCUUCAAUAUUGGUCAGUGUCGCGCACCAUGUGGCCAAAUACUAAUCGCAUUCAACGCUUAAUCGCCAAACAAUGAGGUUGUGCUCACAAAAAACAAACAGAAUGAAGAAAUAAUGUGUUUCGUCUAAUUUUAAUUUACUGAAGUAAAAAUAAAUAAAUUUUAACAGUGAUUAAUAGCGAAAAACACGCCCUGCCAUAAGUGAGUACGCAUUCGGUGGCACAAACAAGAAAAAACACAAAAGCGCGUCGAGCCCCCUUUUGUGAGUACACAAAAUUUUCACACCGAUAAACGAAAAGAAAAACAAAAACAAAAAAGAAGAGGAAAAAGAAAACAGAAAACAAAAAACAAAAAUCUCGAGCCCUGAUCUCGUGCAACGCGUUCAGUUUACAUUUGCCCGUCGCACUGGCCACAACAUGUCGCGCGCCAAUUGUUUCGUGGUGUUUUCACUUCUUUUGCUCUGCAUCUGUUCCACACCCAGCGCAGCAGAUGAACCGAGUCUGUUUUCCUUAAAUUUCGGUCGUUAUUCACUAUUCAACAUACCGCAAUUCGGUCGUUCCAUUUUGGAAAGUGUUGGCAACGCCGUAAAUUUGGAUCCAAAUGUGCUUGAAGACUCACAUUUGAAGACGCCGGAGUUGAUACGCAAGUAUGGUUUUCCAGCUGAAAUACAUCAUACGAUUACCGAUGAUGGCUACAUUUUGGAAAUUCAUCGCAUUCCACGAAAAGGCGCCAUGCCGGUGCUAUUAAUGCAUGGAUUACUGGACUCGUCAGCGACUUGGGUGAUGAUGGGGCCCGAUAAGGGGUUGGCUUACCUUCUCUACGAGACUGGCUAUGACGUCUGGAUGCCAAAUGUGCGCGGCAACACCUAUUCACGCAAUCACACCAAGUACAGUACGCGGCAUGCAAAAUUCUGGGAUUUCACAUUUCAUGAAAUCGGCAAAUAUGAUCUACCCGCUAGCAUUGAUUACAUUUUGGCGCAAACGGAUCGUGAGAAAUUGCAGUACAUUGGUCACUCGCAGGGCACCAUGACUUUUUGGAUAAUGUGCAGUGAGCACCCGGAGUAUAGUGAGAAGAUCAUCUUGAUGCAAGCAUUGGCACCAGUGGCAUACAUCAAGCACAGCAAAAGUCCGGUGCUAAAUUUUUUGGCUUACUUCCAGGAACCUAUCAGUAUACUAUUGAAACUUAUUGGCGCACAUGAAUUUUUGCCCAGUAGUGAAUUUCGAGUGAUGUUCAGCCAAUUUAUCUGUGAUGAGGAUACAAUUUCCACGGAAAUUUGCACAAAUAUUAUAUUUUUGGUCACCGGUUUCGACAAGGCCCAGGCAAAUGAGACAAUGCUGCCUGUUGCUCUCGGUCAUACGCCCGCCGGUGCCGCCACCAAGCAACUGCAACAUUACGGCCAGCUGAAACAUUCCGGGCUUUUCCGUCAAUUCGAUUACGGUUGGAUACGCAACUACUGGAUCUACAACAGCAUCGUACCGCCCGAAUAUCAAAUUGGAAGCGUACGUAACAAAGUGGCGCUUCACUACGCACAAAACGAUUGGCUUGCAACGCCGGUCGAUGUUGAAGAAUUGCACAUGCAGCUGCCGAAUGUGAUCGGUAAAUUUCUAGUGGCUUAUCCAAAGUUCAAUCAUUUGGAUUUUGUUUGGGGUGUGGAUGCACGUGGAUUGCUCUAUGAUCGCCUACUGCGGCUAAUGAGUUUGGUUGAGCGAGGCGAACUCUGAAGUACUUCUAAUUCUAAGGCAUUAGUUGAGGGGUAUACUCAAGUGUGGUAAAGUCGAGUUUCUUGCGACGCGAACUCCAAUUUAAGUUCCACGUAUUCGAAAUUAUUUCAUAAAUUUAAACUUGACUUUUUCUAAGCGCGUAUUAUAGAUUUUAUUUCUUAUGUAUUUGUAGUGGUAGCGCAUUUAGUUUGUAUUUGCUAGUUUGUUUUUGUUUCUUGUUUUUUGUUUUUAGUUUUGUAUU